GGACUUUUUCAAAUCCUGAAUUAACUGAUAUACAGAAUACGGAAAAAAUAAAUCAAACUAUUGAAACGUUAACAAAUUUAUCAUCGAAUGAAUUAAUGGCUGUUAUAUGUCAUCCAUAUAUGGAUGAUACAUUGUUUCGAUGUUGGCCUACUAAACAUAUAACAAAUUUAAUUACAAUAGUAAAUAAAGUUUCGAAAAAUGGGAAUAGUUCAAUUGCUUCACAAUUAGCUGGUGUUCUAAUUAAUCGUGGAUUAUAUUAUCAGAUUAGUCGUUUGAAUGCGAUCAAUAAACCUAUCUCCCUGAUGUAUUUAAUUGGCAAUGCUCGAUUUCCUCUAGAUGAAUCAUCAUUCUUAUCUACAUUAGAUUAUAUGAAUACACAUGAUCCGGAACAUGUUUCAGAAUUUUUAAAUCAUUUUUCAUGUAACUACUCAGAUUCCGAAACCCAUUCUUCGCAGGAACAAAAAACUGCUUCACAGCAAUAGAAGAUGUAAAUGAAAAAUUGGUCAUGGCAACUAAAUAGAAACAAUACUGCACCAACUUAUAACAUCAUUAUUUUCUCUGCAUUCAUCUCAAAUUUUUUUAUUUUCUAAGAAAAUAAAAGAGA